AUGGCGAAUUCGUUCAAGACGGCCAUCCAGCCCUUUUCUCAAUCACCGGAAUUCUCUUUCGGUGAGGCACUCCAUGCCAUUGCUGCUUGGUCUAAAGAAGAAGAUCUCGCGAUAGUAUCUAAGAACGACCAUAAAGCGACGUUGAUGCCUUUGCUUAUGAACUUUCCGACGCUGUAUGAGCUUUGGAUUUCAAUUGAGGACAUCGUCUGCCGAGCUACUGGGUCACGAGUAUCGUACAAACAAGGCCUUGCGCAAUACGACCAGUGGACACACGAUGCCUGGACUCGCAACAAGCUCGCCGAGAAACCGACAUCCUCUGAAUUUCCCAACUUGAUCAGAGUCAUGGUUGCAGCGGGAGUUCCAUCCCAAACCGCACUGUCCGAAGCCAAAGAGAACUUGGGACCAGGAACAGACACAACUUCAGCUUCAUUGGCACACACCCUGUACGCACUGUCCAAAAACCAAGUGUUCCAACAAGCGCUCUAUGAAGAUCUUGCUCGCAUGAGAUUCCCAACCGACUUGACUGCUUUGGAAAACAUUCCUCGACUGAAGGCCUGCGUGAAGGAAGGCGUUCGUUGGGCCGGUGCUGCUGCUGCGAUGUUGCCCCGGGUUGUUCCAAAAGGCGGCGUGGAGCUGGUUGGUAAAUUCGUCCCAGAAGGGACCGUGUUGACUUCAUCGCCAAUUUGGUAUUUGCGGGACAAGUCUGCAUUCCCAAACCCCGACUUGUUUGAUCCAUACCGUUGGGUCAAUGAGAGCGGAACGAGAAUCAAAGAAGACGCCCUUCGAGACAAAUUCUAUGUUCCAUUCUCGAAAGGGCCAAACAUUUGCAUUGGCCUCCACUUUUCCUACUACGAACUUUACCUCAGCUUGGCGAAAAUCAUCCAGAGUUCUGAGUUGGUUGCCCCUGACGAGUCUUCAAGUCACUCAUACGGCCACGGCUGGAUACCGGUAGAGCUGCCAAAGAGAAGGGAAUGGGUAGCUGCUGUGCCUACAGACCCACUGCUCGUUAAAGUUCUGCCGAGGAGACAGGUCGGUUGA